AUGGGGAGGAGGCAAGGUCGAUACGAGAAUAACGACCUUUGGCAAUCAGGUAAGAAAAAUUCGUUAAUUUUUUUAUUUUUACGAAUAAAAACCGACAAAGGUUUAACUAGACGAAUAGAACAAGGUAAGAAAAAAAAAUUUUUAUUAUUUAUUCCGGGACAAGGACGCGAGGAUUCGUGA